ACUGCUCGAAUUUGUCAGUGUCAAUAGUGAAAAACAGCAUGCGCUUAGAUAUGGCUAGCAAAUUGUUAAAUUUUGGCUCGAAGCUAUUUAAAUCCUCGAAGAACUUUUUCAGUGGUGCAUAUGGAAAGCGCGGCUCAUCGUCGAUCAAUGCCAGGAAAUGGACUGGAGCACGCCAGAAGUUGUUGACAUUUGGGGCGCUAACUGGAGCCACCGGACUACUGAUGUACGCCAUGGACGCCAGUGUGGACGCGUCCAGCGAUAGUGUGCAUCCGGCCAAGCAGCAAUGGCCGCACAAGGGCUUCUUGUCGGCCAUUGAUAAGGAGAGCGUGCGUCGCGGCUAUCAGGUGUACAAGGAGGUGUGCUCCUCCUGCCAUUCGCUGCAGUAUAUCGCCUAUCGCAAUUUGGUGGGCGUGUGCAUGACCGAGGCGGAGGCCAAGGCCGAGGCGGAGGGCAUUACCGUGCGUGACGGACCCGACGAGGAAGGCAACUAUUACGAUCGUCCGGGCAAGCUGUCCGACUAUUUUCCAAUGCCCUAUCCCAAUGAGGAAGCUGGGCGUGCUGCAAAUAAUGGGGCCUAUCCGCCGGAUCUUAGCUACAUUGUGUCCGCACGCAAGGGCGGCGAGGAUUAUGUGUUCGCCCUAUUGACUGGCUACUGUGACCCACCGGCUGGAUUCGCUCUGCGCGAUGGUCUCUACUUCAAUCCGUACUUCAGCGGUGGCGCCAUUGCCAUGGGCCAGUUGAUAUCUAAUGAGUCGGUGUCCUAUGCUGAUGAGGAUGUGGCCCCGUCAGCCAGCCAAAUUGCCAAGGAUGUGACCACAUUUCUGUGCUGGACUUCGGAGCCGGAGUAUGACAUUCGCAAGAUUCUCGUUAUCAAGGUGUUCGUCAUAUCCGCAUUUCUGAUUGGCAUUACCUACUACAUCAAGCGCUUGAAGUGGUCUGCAUUGAAGUCUCGUAAGAUAUUCUUUUUGCCUGAGAUACAAGAGAAAGCCAAGAAAGCUGCCGAGGAUAAUUGUCCCAAAUAAUUAUAAUUAUUGUAAUCUGUAGCAACAUUAUG